AUGGGGAAGGGGUAUAAUAAUUACAUGUGCAAGAAGUUUUUCCAUCCUACAAACUUCGAUAACAUCAAACGUAAGUGGAUGGCUGAACAAAAGGAUGAGUUCGAUAGCAAGCGUGAACAGGAAAAAUUAACGCAGUAUCGCAGAGAACAGGAAGUUUUGGAAAAUCGAGUCCUCCUCGGUGACGAGAAGGCACGGUUGGGACUGGCCUGGAUGUAUGACCAACCGGCUGUAAUGGAACCAGAAAAGGAACCAGAGAAGUCUGAAGUCAAGUUCGAAUGGCAGCGGAAGUACAACGCGCCACGUGAAAGCUACUGCAAGGAUUCCGUAGACGUCACUGACCAGCCUUUUGGCAUUGAGGUCAGAAACGUGCGGUGUAUGCGUUGCAAGCAAUGGGGCCACUUGAAUACAGAUCGAAUUUGUCCCCUUUAUGGUCAAUCCUUUACACAGGAGCCCAAUGCCAGUUGUUCUCAUGGGCUGGACUUUGCCAGAAAAAAUCUUCGCAGGGAAGGUUUAGCCUUCAAGAAGUCCACAGAAGCCACGGGCCUUAACGAUAUUGUGUACAAGGCUACACAGGCAUGUAAUGCAAGCAAGGAUUUUGAUCCCACAGCUGCCGAACAUGACCUCACCGUUAAAUUCCUCAAGUCUUUAACCGAGAGGCAGCGUGAGAAACUUCUCAGCAAGUUGUCCAAAAUGUCCAACGGUAGCAGCAACAGCAGCUCUUCACACAAGCAUAAGAAGAAGCACUCCCAUUAG